AACGAAACGAUGCCACACAUCCGGUUGCAAAAUCUGCAAAUAAGAAUGAACAACAGUGACAUCUGCUUUUAAGAUGGAUGUGUUGCGACCAAGUUUGAUUAGAAUAGGAGGGAGAUGUUAUAGGAAGAACCCCACCAGACACAGUUCAGGGCAGGGUACUGAAGAUAUUGGGGCUUACAGGGAGGAGGAUGAAUACCCAGAAGAAGCAAGGCCAUGGUUGGAGGAAUCAUGCGCUUUAGACACUGCAGAUAUACAACAGACAGACCGUGGCUAUAGCACAACUCUACAGGUCCCUAAUGAAUUCUUCAAGUUUAUAAUUGGUAGGAAAGGAGAGACAAAGCGUCAGAUUGAGAAUGAAACAAGAACAAUCAUAAGGAUUCCACGUCAAGGCCAAGAAGGAGAUAUAGUGAUAGAAGGGAAGAAAAAAUGUGAAGUUCUCUCAGCAAAAAGUCGCAUUGAAAUCAAAGUAGACACAGCGAGACAGAAGCAGCCGUUCACCCACUUUCUGUCCUUUCCGUGUAAUGGUUCAUCCAUUGGGGACUCUUUCGAAGACUUCAAGUCUGAUGUGUUGAGAGAGUUAGGCGGGGAUAGAGGGGUCGACAGAUCUAUCUUCCAAAACCCAUAUAAACUACAUUUAACCCUUGGCACCCUGGUACUGUUAAACCAAGAUGAGAUAGAACGAGCAAAUCAGAUGCUUCAACAGUGCAAUACAGAUCUAGUAGAACCUAUCUUACAAGGCAAUCCUUUAACAGUGGAUAUUGAGGGACUUGAAUACAUGAAUGAUGACCCAUGUAAUGUCGAUGUCCUUUAUGCCAAAGUCCAACCUCAUGAUGGGACUGACAAGUUACAAAUUCUAGCAGAUAGGCUAGUAGAUAAGUUUGUGUCCACUGGCUUAAUGCAGAGACAGUAUGAUAGAGUUAAGUUACAUAUCACAGUCAUGAAUACACUUUUCCGGAAGGAUCCUAACGCAGCUACAGAGCCAUCUGAUGGCAGAUCUAGGAACCAAAGACAUGAAAGAGACCGUGAAUCUUUUGACGCCAGUAAUAUAUUAAAGACUUAUGGCGAACAUAACUUUGGUGUGUACACAAUAGACUCUCUUGAUAUCUCCCAGAGAUACACCACUGCAGAUGAUGGAUAUUAUGAUCAUGUUGGCAAAAUCAGGAUUAGUUAG